AUUGAUGUGUGUGCGUGAGUGGCAAUGCAUAUGUGUGUGUUUUAUCUCCAGGCUCCCAUACAGAGACUGUCUGUAAUAGUAGCAUAUACAAGGACUUGGAUAGUGAGGUGUAUUGGAUGAAGACAAUGAACACGACAAUGACCUUUCUGGACGAGAAUGAGAUGCUCCCUGUCUUCUACAAGGAGCAGAAUGGUUCGGCAACCUUGACCAUCAGGGAGGUGUCUGAGGAGGCCCUGGUCUUCAACUACACCUGUAUUCUCACCACCACCAGCGGCAUGGACCUAGCAUCGAUCAGCCUGAUACUCAAGGCCCCCCCACCCUCGUAUAUCCUGGUCGUUGGUCUACCAGUGCUCUUGGUGGUUGUGGUCGUCAUGUCGAUAGUCAUAUAUGUGACCCUGAGGGUGAACAUUGUUCAGUUUGUACGGGACAGGCUGGGUUUCCAUGGAAGGACCUCAGAUGGAAAGAGCUACGAUGCCUACAUAAUGCCUUUUGAGGGCCCCGGAGGGGUGGGGCUUACUGCACAAGACCGGAGGAUGCUGGAGGCGGUGCUAGAGGGGCAGCUGCCUCUGAUACAGCCUCUGUCUUUACCACCGAGAUGUCCUGCCUGGACAAGCGGGACCACCACUGUCUUCCUCACUGGGAGAGUCUUUGUCUCGGAUGUGAUGUGGCCAGACUCGUCUGAGGAGGAUUCCUCAUGA